AUGGCUGCUCUUGAAAGAUUUUAUUUUUGGAAAUCAAAUCAUUAUUCCAUCAAGCUUCCUGAAUUUGUAAACAAGUUUUUCACUUCAAGAAUAAAUGGCAAAUGUUGCCAGAGUUUAGAAGAAAAAAAGAACAAGGAAAAGAAGAAACUUAGGAUUUUGAUAGCAGGAGGAGGUGUUGGAGGACUAGUACUUGCUCUAGCUGCGAAAAAUCGAGGAUUUGAAGUAAAUGUUUUUGAGAAAAAAUUGAGUGCAAUUAGAGGUGAGGGUAGGUACAGGGGACCAAUUCAGCUUCAGAGUAAUGCAUUAGCAGUAUUAGAAGCUAUUGAUAGAGAUGUUGCUAUGGAAAUUAUUGAAGCUGGUUGUGUUACUGGUGACCGGAUCAAUGGGCUCGCAGAUGGCGCUACGGGUGAAUGGUUUACUACCUUUGAUUUUCUGACUCCUGCUGUCGAAAAGGGACUUCCUGUUACACAGGUCAUUUCUAGGAUAACACUGCAAGAUAUAUUAGUGAGGGCAGUUGGUUUAGAUAUAGUGCAUAACAAAUCUAAAGUUGUGGACUUUGUAGAAGAUCCUGACAAGGUUACUGUAAUCCUUGAAGAUGGAAGGAAGUUUGAAGGUGAUGUUUUAGUUGGGGCGGAUGGAAUAUGGUCAAAGGUGCGCUCGAAAUUAUUUGGGUUCAAAGAAGCGCAAUAUUCAGAAUACACAUGCUAUAGUGGAUUGACAGACUAUGUGCCACCAUAUAUCAACACAAUUGGGUACCGUGUGUUCUUAGGCUUCAAUCAGUACUUUGCUGCUACGGAUGUUGGAGGCGGGAAGAUGCAAUGGUACGGGUUCCAUAAGGAACCUCCCGGAAAUACUGAUCCCCCUGGAGGUAAAAAGAAGAGGCUUCUGGAACUGUUUGGAAGAUGGUGCAGUGAAGUGGUCAAUCUAAUCUCAGAAACACCAGAACAUAUGAUUAUACGUAGAGACCUAUAUGAUAGAGACAUGCUAUAUACUUGGAGCAGAGGGCGUGUAACCCUUUUAGGUGAUGCUGCACAUGCAAUGCAGCCAAAUCUUGGCCAGGGUGGUUGUAUGGCAAUCGAGGACUGCUAUCGCCUUCUACUUGAGUUGGAGGAGGUUGUAAAGAGAAGCUCUAAUCCAACCUAUGAAGAUAUCGCUGCUUCUCUGAAAAGGUAUGAAAGCAAAAGAAUGAUUCGUGUCGGUAUAGUGCAUGCAGUGACAAGAAUGGCAUCGAGAAUGGCAACCUCCUACCGACCUUAUUUAGAUUUUGGAUCGGGCCGUUUAUCUUUCUUGACAGCGCUGCGGAUAACACAUCCUGCGAUUUACAGUGCUAGGUUGUUUAUUCAUCUUGGGAUGUCUCAAUUACUAACUUGGAUGUUACUAAAUCAUGGGCUGUGGUAGGAACUAGGAAGAGAAGUUCAGAGCUUGCUUGAAGGUUGACGAAACCAUCAUGUUGUACUU